CCUCCGUCGCUGCUGGCGUCAGCCGAGGGAGUCCGCGCCGCCAUAUUGGAGGAGACGCCGCCGAAGUCGCCCCCGCCGCCUCCGCUUUGAGUGCCGCAACAGGCGGAACCGGCCCGCCCAUUCCGUCCCUGGCCUGCCGGAGACGGCCGGGCCUGCGCCCUGCCUGCGGGAGCGGAGGGAGAAGGCCGCGGCCUCCCGGGGCUCCUGCCGCUUUCCUCCCGCCGAGCGGGGCCCUCCGGGGUCGCAGGCUCCGUUCUCUUGCCGCCGCCGCCGCCGCCGCGUCAUGACUUCGCUGACCCAGCGCAGCUCGGGCCUGGUGCAACGCCGCACGGAGGCUUCGCGCAGCGCGGCCGACAAAGACCGGGGGGCCGGCGGCGGCAGCGGCGGGGGAGGCGGCGGCGGUGGGCCGGAGGAGGAAGGCCGGCGAGACGAGCAGGGGGAAGAGGAGAAGGGGGACUCCAAGGAAACGCGGCUCACGCUCAUGGAGGAGGUGUUGCUGCUGGGCCUCAAGGACCGGGAGGGUUAUACAUCAUUUUGGAACGAUUGCAUUUCAUCUGGGCUCCGUGGUUGCAUGUUAAUUGAAUUGGCACUGAGGGGGCGUCUUCAGCUUGAAGCAUUUGGAAUGAGACGUAAAAGUUUGCUAACUAGAAAGGUGAUCUGCAAAUCAGAUGCUCCUACAGGAGAUGUUCUACUUGACGAAGCUUUGAAGCACAUUAAAGAAACUCAGCCUCCAGAAACAGUGCAGAACUGGAUAGAACUGCUUAGUGGUGAGACAUGGAAUCCAUUAAAAUUGCAUUACCAGUUGAGAAACGUCCGCGAACGAUUAGCCAAAAACCUAGUUGAAAAGGGGGUUUUGACUACGGAGAAACAGAACUUUCUCCUCUUUGACAUGACCACGCACCCCCUCACCAACAACAACAUUAAGCAGCGCCUCAUCAAGAAAGUUCAAGAAGCUGUGCUUGACCGAUGGGUGAAUGACCCCCACCGCAUGGACAAGCGCUUGCUGGCUCUCAUUUACUUAGCCCACGCGUCGGACGUCCUGGAGAACGCUUUUGCCCCCCUUCUGGAUGAGCAGUAUGACCUUGCCACAAAAAGAGUGCGGCAGCUCCUGGAUUUAGACCCUGAAGUCGAAUGUAUGAAGGCCAACACAAACGAGGUCCUGUGGGCUGUUGUAGCAGCCUUCACGAAAUAAGUACAAUCAACUGCUCAAACACUUCCCCCCCCCACUUUCAUUUCAUGUAAAUCGGUUAAUCUCUCGAUGAGUCAUAUUUUCUGUCAUCUGUACCUCCCCUUUUGUGAUGAAAAUCGGCUCCUGUUCAUAAGAAUGGUAGGUAAUGUGUUCUGGGUCCCCAUACACUUGCCCCCCGGCUGC